AUGGCUAAUCUGGUUGCCAGCGUUUCGCGAACAAGACGGAGCACGUCAUCCUUGUCGCUCGCGGUGUUUCUUCUCGUGCUACUGCUGCUCUUCGCGACUGUCGCUCGCUCCGCUAAGAUCACAUUCAUCAGGAAGAACGGCAAGACGUACGUGAUUAAAACGGGCGGCGACGAUUGGGACGACGAUGACGAUGAUCUGGAGGAAACGGACGGCGAGGAUGAUCCGAAGCGGGAGGGAGCAGAUUCGGCAGAAGCAGGAACCCCAGGAGGAUCUAAGAAAGCGAAGAAGGAUAGCGACGAGCCUAAGCGAGGCGAGGCGAUUAAAGCCGUCAAAUCACCCGAGUCGGCAGCGGCAGCGGCGGAAGCGGCGGCGGCGGCGGCGCUAGCGGCAAUGGCGGACGAUCCGCUGGUGGAGAAGUAUAAACAGGAGCCGUUGGAUCCGGGAUCGUGGCGGACAGCUGUCGAGAUGCCAUUGGCGGACGUUCGCCGGCGCGCGGAGCAGGGGGACGCGGAGGCGCUGUGGGCGCUGGGGGUGAAGCGGCUGGUGGGCGCGGGGGGGCGCGGGGGAGUGGCGCGGGAUAUUCCCAAGGCGCUGCUGCUGCUGGAACGGUCCGCGGAAAAGGGCUUCCCCCACGCGCACUCCGCGCUGGGGUUCCUCCACGCGAGCGGAUAUGGCGUUCCGCUGAACCAGGUGGGGGAAAGGGAGGACAUGGAGGGUGGAUACUCAAGGGGGGAGAAGAAGACACAGCGAUGCAGAGGAGGUGGGGGAGAGAGGGAGGCAGGGGGGGGGAGAGAGGAGGAAUCCAAAAUGGAACAUGAUACUCUCAGCACCCCCCUCCUCCCCAUCCCUUCCAACCCCUCCCAGAUCCUCCUCAUCCCCUCCCCGUCCCUCCCUACCCCUCUCUACAACUCUCCGUCCCUCCCCGUGAAAGCGUUUCUCCACCACACGUUCGCCGCGAGUGGCGGCAGCGUGCACUCCAAGAUGGCCCUCGCCUUCUCGCACCUCCGCGCCUAUGUGAAAGCGUUUCUGCACCACACGUUCGCUGCCAAUGGAGGCAGCGUGCACUCCAAGAUGGCCCUCGCCUUCUCGCACCUCCGCCAGCAGGAGUUUGAGCGCGCCGCGGCGCUUUACGCUGACGUGGCAGCCAAGUCAAUGGCGGUCAACAGCCUCCCGGGGCAGGCGCCGCUGAUAGAGACGGUGCAUCUGAGCGCGGGGGGGGAGGAGAGUUUGGAGGCGACCAGAGGGCACAGGGGAGAGGCGGACGAGACCAUUCAGUUCAUCGAGCUGCAGGCAUCACGGGGAGCGGUGGAGGCCAUUCGCACGCUGGGCACGCUGUACUACUGGGGGGCACGGGGCAUGCCGCGGGACCACGUGAGGGCGUUUGGGCUGAUGAAGAAAGCCGCUGAGAUGGACGACCCGCAUGCCAUGUUGACUCUUGGCGAGAUGCUCACACACGGUGUGGGCUGCAAGGCCAACCCCGUGGAGGCAAUGGUGUGGUUCAACAAGGCGUAUGCACGCGGGCUCGUGAGCGCGCUCAACGGAGUGGGAUACCUGCACGCUAAAGGGCUGGGGGUGCCUCAGGACUACCACAAGGCGGUGCAAAACUUUCUCACGGCUGCCCGGAAGACCCGGGACGUGGACGCGUUGUACAAUCUGGGAAUGAGCCACCUUAGAGGGCAGGGCGUGAGGCGCAAUCCCAGCAAGGCGCUGCAGUUCCUGCAGCAGGCGGUGGAGGGGCAGCACGUGGGCGCCAUGUACCAGAUGGGCAAGAUGCAUCUGACAGGGACUGGGGUCCCGAAGAAUGUUGUCAUGGCCGCUCGCCUUCUAAAGGCGGUGGCGGAGCGGGGGCCAUGGGGGGUCAUGCUGCGGUGGGCACACGCAUGCUUCAUGUCAUCCACCCAAGGCCCCUCCCUCUGGUCCCUCUCCCGCUCCGCCUCCUCCUCCUCUCCCUUCUCCCUCUCCUUCUCCUUCUCGCUCUCCUCCCCGCUCUCCCCCCCCUCCCUCCGCUCCUCCUCCUCCUCUUCCUCCCCGUCCGCCUGGCCUGCUUCCUGUGAUGUGGGCACAUCGCUGAUGCUCUACUCGAGAGCUGCGGAGUUGGGGUAUGAAGUGGCACAGGGGAAUGCCGCCUGGCUGCUGGAUAAGGUGGUGGGUGACUCGGUGCUGGACAAUGCGUGUGUGGGCGCUCCUCGCAGCACCGCCACCAGCACUGCCACUUCAUCUUCCUCUGCUUCCUCUGCUUCACCUGAAGCGGUUCAGAAGGACAGGGAAGCUACAGAUGGGGUUGCAAGCGAUGAGAAUAACGCAGUGGGUGGAGAGGGGUCAGCAAGUGGUGGAGAGGGGUCAAGAGGUGCAGAGGCCGGUGCUACAGGUGGGGAACCGUCUCAAGGGGAUGAAUUAGAAGGCGGUGGGGUAGUGCAAGGGGAGGGAGGCAGAGCGGAGGAGCAGCAGGAGCAGAAUGAACAGAAGGGACAGAAGGAACAGCAGGAGCGGAGUAAGGAUAGUGUCACUAGCGGCAGGAGGGGUUGGAGGCGGUGCAGUGAGGCGGAGAGGCAUGAGAGGUCGCACCGACUGUGGCAGCUGGCAGCAGAGCAGGGCAGCGUGCAGGCAGCACUGCUGCUGGGUGAUGCCUUCUUCUACGGUCGAGGCCAGCCGCGGGACCUGCAGCGAGCAGCAGAGGCGUACUGGAGGGCGAGGGAGAAGGGCAGUGCACACGCCAUGUUCAACCUGGGGUUCAUGCACGAGCAUGGCAUGGGGCUGCCCAGAGACCUGCAUUUGGCCAAACGAUUCUAUGACCAGGUUCUUGAUGCCUUCCCCCGGGCAGUGGUGCCGGUGAGAAUCGCCCUCUUCGGCCUCUGGCUGCGCAUGCAGUACGGCCACUACCCUCUUGUGAUCGCCCUCUUCGGCCUGUGGCUGCGCAUGCAGUACGGCCACUACCCUCUUGUGUCCAAGGCAUUGGAUGUGUUGCCUGAGAUCGGCCCGGCCACGGCGGGGGCAUUGAAGGCGGCCCUGAGGGACGACACUAAUCCAUACAUUGCCCCUCCCCGCCUCCCCUUUCCCCUUCAACCCCCCUCCUCUCAGUCCAAGGCAUUGGAUGUGUUGCCUGAGAUCGGCCCAGCCACGGCGGGGGCAUUGAAGGCGGCCCUGAGGGACGACACCAACGCCUACAUCGCUUCGCUCCUCGCUCUCCUGCUUGCCGUUCUCUUCCUGCGCUCCCAGCGCCGCCAGCAACGAGUGGUGCAGGCGUGA